AUGCCACCCCCAUCCUGGCAGAAGCAUGCGGUCGAACCGCCCGAGCAUAUCACCUCCGAGGCUGUCCGGGGCUUUUUGACGGGUGCAUUUCGAUUCGGCUCCGUCUCAAUCAUUGCGCAUAUGAUCAUGAUCCUCCCUCAUCCCUUCAAAUUCUCCCCGCCAUCGUCCGCACCGGUCCCGUCGCAGUCACCCAAAGCCGCGCAACCCAAACAGUCGCCAUUCUCCAAAGAGUACAUUCGCUCUCGAUUGUUCCAUCGUCCAUUGGAGGGCUUCUCCGACUGGUUGUCCCCGGCAUCUCGCGUCUAUCGCGGAUUGACGCCACAAUUCAAAGUCUUCCUGCAAAUCGGAGCCAUGACGCUGGGUGGAUAUAUCUGGGCUGAGAAGCGAGUGGACGAAUAUAUCAAGUUCGUUCGCAAAGUGAAACGAGCGGAGAAGCUUCAAGCCGAGAGAGCUGCGAGGGGUCUAGACUAG